AGGGCCCGCCCGUGCGCCACGGCGGCCUGGACCGUGCUCCUGGCGUGGUGGCUUCUUAGUGCUAUUUCGGUGGCUUUGUUAUUGCCCUGAAAGGAUGACCAUGACAUCCUCUACAAACAGGUGGUGCCAUAGUUUCAAGGAGCGUGCCAAUCAAUCCCAGCCGAGAAGAAGAGGACGCGACUGGUCGUAUAUUUUUGUUCAAGUUCCAGUUGUGGCCAUCCAGUCGUUUUCUGGCCCCAUGCACUUAUAAACAGCAUACCAAAAUAACCCCCAGAGUUUCAGACAAGACAGCCUGUGGAACUUCCAGGAUUCAUACCCUGUAAAACACCACCCAGCAUGGUUUGGUGGAACACAAGAUCUACAAACAAAGACGGAUGCCAUGUACGGACCACCAUGGUCUCCAACUUGUGAAAAACAGUGCAACUUACGACCGUGUCUUUCCUUUUCUGAAGCCGCUGGAGCGGGGUCCCGGUCACCACGGAAAGGCCUCAUAUAUGGAGUCCUCAGACUCUCAGGCCGGAUCCAUGUGGUGGAGCCCUCCGAGCAUCAAGUGAUCUUUGACAAUGUGAGAGACCGAGGAGAUCCACAGAGCAAGGCAUCGAUCAAUGAGCUCAUGUCCGUGCUCGGCAGCGUGGGCCCUUGGAUGCUCUUGGAAGACCUGGCCCGGCCACCCGGCCGCCGUGUGCGUGCCGUGAGCGACGAGGAAUCUACGGGGUGCUACGGGGUGCUACGGCCGGCCCCUCUGGUCGGUCGGUUUUGCGCCCGGCAAGGCGGACCGAGCCCGUCAGAAGUGGGGCUCCGUUGAGGCCACACGGGCAGGCACGGCCCGUGGUUCUCACGGUGAACUUGAGAUGCAAAGAAACGGAUGACGACCUCUGUGCCCCCCAAAAGCAAUAAUCCGGUCCACCUAAUAAAAAACACGAAGGGCCCCCCCCCCCCUAAUAAGGAAACCUCGGUCGCAUUUUUUUAAUAGGGGGUCCCUGAAAUCGGGGGGCCCAAAAUAGGGUCACCUGGGAAGAGCUUCAAAACCAAAAGGUAAAUCCGUAAAACUUUUA